GCCGCGGUGGCACACGUCGCCUGCAGCGGCGGCGCGCGGGCGGCUGGCUUCCCUCCGGGGAAGAUACGCGGUGGUGUGCAGUUGCGCAUCGACCUCCGGGACGUGCACAACGGGUGACGGCGCUCCUCGUGAGUGCAGCGGCGACGGUGACGGAGGCGGUGGCGCUUAGGCGGGGUUCCCAUCGUUGCUCUUUCUCUCUCUCUGUUUGUCUCUUGCGAGAGACCAAGUCCUUAUUAUUGUCGUCGUCAUCGUCAUCGUCGUCGUCUUUGCGCUCGAACUUGUGGAAGAUGUUGGUGUCGACGACUACUGCCGUUCGCGAUCCGCGAUUUUAGCGAUUCUCUUUUCUUCCUCGCAUCAUCCUCGUCGUCGAGCCGACAUGCCGCCGUUCGAAGUCAACGUCCGGAUCGCACCGUUGGAAUUGUCACUGUGAUAUGCUCGUUUCGCUGGCGAAUUAUUAUGGAGAUAGCUGAUACCGGAGGAGGAUCCGAUAACAACGAUAGACAACAAUGUCGAUCGCUGCAUCGCAUCGUCUCGCUGCUGUUGCUGCUACUGCUGAUCGCUGACGCGUCGAACGGCGUUGGCAUAGGGGGUGGCACAGGGGGGAGCGGCGGGGGCAGCGGAGGAGGAGGCGGCGGUGGCAGCGGCACUUGCGGCUUGGCCGAGUUGACGUGCCGGGACGGCCGAUGCGUGCCGAUCGACGCUUAUUGCAACGGCGAGGAUGACUGCGGCGAUGGCAGCGACGAGCCGGCGAUGUGCACCCCGUGCAAUCGCACGUACCACGGUCGCGAGGGACGCACGUACAAGCUGGACCUGCCUAGACCGGCCGAGGAACGUCUGCCGUUUCUCUGUCACCUGACAUUCACCGCGGCCGGACAGGGUUACGGCGAGCUGGUCCAACUGCUGUGGGACGCGUUCAGCGUUGGUCGCAUCGACGCCAACGCCGACAAUUACUUCACCAGCUGUCCCGAAGGCUCGCUUCAGCUGGCCGAACUCGGUAGACACUUCACGGGCGGCUCGUGGUGCGGCGUCGGUGAGGGUCGUGCAUCUUAUUACAGCGAAACCAGUACAGUCACUGCCUCUAUACGGCUGUUUCACGCGCCAUCGACGGUGCCGUUUGAAUUUCGUCUUCGUUUCCGCUUCGUUUCGCGCAACGAGGCAGUCGCCCGAUUGGGCAAACCGGAACUACCGGUCGAGCGAGGUUCCCCGGUGCCAGGAACCUAUUGCUCCCGUAACUUUUACGAGUGCCACCUGAAGCAGUGUCGCCUGCAGAGUCCAAACUACCCCGGCGAGUAUCCGCGCAACGCCAGCUGCCUGAUCACCGUGCGCCAAAAGGAGGUGCCCACGUGCAAGCACGCAAUGAUAUCCGUCAAGAGCACGUCGACCGGGCCGGUAGGCCUCAAUGCCGCCGUCAACACCAGUCUCAGCGUUUGGCAGGAUUGUCCACCGGAGAGGGAUCGUCUGAUCUUCCGCGAUGGUGCUCGCACCGAGGACGCGGUGCUCCUGGUAUAUUGCGGCGGCCCAUUACCGCAGAUAACCGCGCGUGGACCCGCCAUGCAGGUGGAAUUUCGCAGCUCACCAGUAGCGAUACCGUUGGGCGCGUCGUCGCUGCGACUUGAGCUCGAGCUACGGGUCGUCUACGUCGACUCGGACGGUCUGGAUUACGCCAAGGGCGCGCAGGGUUGUCACUUCUUCGUUAAUGGUACCGGCGUCGGCGCCAAGCGAAGCGGAACGAUACGGGCACCUUUGCACGCGCUACCACCAGGUUCCAGCUGCACGUGGAACAUCAAGGGGGCGAUCGGCGAUCGCGUGUGGAUAUAUUUCUCGUCGUAUUCGCAGCGUGAUUUGACCGGCAACGGCGACAACAAUGCCAGCGCCGGCCAGUCGGCGAUGGACAGCACGCCGUUGUCGCUAUUGUGCGCUGUUAAGCUCAUUUUCUGGGACGGAGCACCGAACACGGGUCAACCGAUGGCCACGCUAUGCGAUGACACGCCCAAGUUAUGCGCCCACGCGGCUCUUCGGAAUAUAACCAGGAGCACGAGACCCUGCACCGAGGACGAGAGCUACUUGACAGCCGCUCCGAGCUUGACGUUACGUAUGGAGACUGUUCUGGGUACCGCCCUUCAUCCGAUCAACUUCCACGCGCGAUACGAGUUUGUCUCCACCCUUCAACCCGGUGAACCCUGGGGUGAUGGUGUCUGCAGUCGAGUAUGGCGCAAAGCGCGCACUGGCGAAGUGAUGUCACCGCGCGAUGUACGUCUGUUUGGCCGCGGUGGUUCUAGCAAAUUAGAUUGCAGGUAUCGCGUGGAAGCUGGCAGCGGUGAACGGGUUCGUCUGACGCUGCAUAAUGUCAGUCUGGGUGAAUCCACCAUGUGUAUGAGCGAUUCGGAUCCCCAUACCGGCAGACCGCGCUGCGUUCAGGAAGUCGGGUCCAGAGAGGCACGUCUGGUCCUCUAUGAGGCACCGUGGCGGGACGUGAAGGUACCUCGGGCGUGUCUAUGCGACAAUACAUCACACUUGCCACUCACGUACAUCUCCUCCGGCCGGGCGAUAGAGAUUACUUUCCUAGUGGAUCAGCAGGCGCCUCACGAAGACUUUGACACGCUCUUCUUUUACGCCAGCUUCGAGCUAAUUCGCGUGCCGGAAUGUCCGCGCAAGCAGAGAAUCCGCGGCGAGGGUGGCGAACUGAGAUUUAUCAUGCCUCCACUGUCGAGACCAGACAUCUAUUGCGAAGGCCUCCCUUGGCUCGUAGAGGCGCGCGAGAAUCGAUCGCUCUUCGUUCUGACCUGGGGUUGGUUCUUACCGUUGGAGCCGCCGACCGUCAGUCCCGAGUCACCUAGUGGCACCGGGAUCGGCGAGCAAAAAUGUCCGACUACCAAUCGCAUUCUCCUCUAUUCCGGCUGGCCGCAAAAACUGCUGAAGGUGGUGUGCCCGGCGGAACCGGGCGCCCGCGAAUUUACCGUACACGUGUUCUCGGAGGAAUGGUUGGGCGCGACGGAGGAGGGUAAAUGGCCAGGUCCACCCAGACCACCGGCGCUGCUGCUGGACUUUGUGGCGCGGGAAUCCGGACAGGCGGCCGCGUCCUGGUUGGAGAUCUCCAAGAGCCGGGCGGCGCUGCGCCGACAGCUACGUCUUCCGGAGAGAGGCGUAAUAACGGAGAACGAGACGAACGGCAUGCCGUCCCACAUCGGCGACUGCCCGCACAAGUGUCCCGAGCUGGGCGCUUGCAUUGCCGCUAGUCUCUGGUGCGACGGAUACGAACACUGCCCGUCCGGUCACGACGAGGCCAACUGCGGCAACGGUGCCCGACUGCUCGGCCUGUUGCCCUCCACUGUGUGGCUCGUCAUGGCUGGCGUCGCUGGAAUUGUCACUGCCUUUGCGUGCCUAUUUACUAUUCUUAUUAGCAGAUCCAAAGCUCGCACAAAGAGACUUCACUACAAGGGGACAAAGAAGAGCAAGAAGCCGCGACGGGCACCAACGGAGGAGACGCUCCUUGGGGCGGCGUCCUGACAGCAGCCGCCCGGUUUCGUGGAGUACAUUCACGUGGACCGGGAAACGACUGUCUAGCGACGCUAAAUUCUGUGUGCUUCACCGUCCAACCGAUUAACUCUACUCGAUAAACAAGAAGAAGAAAAACGAUAAGAAGAAAAUGAAAAAAAAAAGAAAGAAAGAUCUCUCCCGUGGUGCCAUAUACAUAUAUGUAUAUAUACACGUAUGAUCGCGUAGCGGUGAGGAAUUCUCGAAAUUCCGCCAUGUGGAAUUCUCUUCCUUCAUCAUUUGUUCAACAAAACCUCGCUCGAUUUCGCGUUCAUUCUCGCAUCGAUUCGAAAGAAAUGUCGAAACGGGAUCUUACCACUCACCACUCACCACCGAAUGUCUUCUGUUGGCGAGAUAUUAGUGACGUAUUUGUGAUAGUUCCCUAUAUAUGUAUCUAAUUACAUUAAGUACUACACAUACCAAACACACACAUACACACACAUAUACAUAGAAAUUCUCGACUUAGAUAUAUAGCUUUAAGCACGUCUUACCAGGACGGAAAGUAAAUCCCGGAAUUGUCUAGCGGGAUUCACGUAUGAAGAGUACGAAGUCUACCUUUUAAAAAAAUGCUAUUAUUACCUGAAGAUUCUCGCUAACGCGCGCGUUCACAUAUAGCGAUAGUUAUUUUAGAGAUUAGAAGAGAGAGGGGAAACGACUUCUGAUGAUCUCUUGCGAAUUAUUCUAACAAAUAAAAAAGAUAAAUAUAUAUAUAUAAAUAUAAAUAUAAACUAUACAAAUAUAUAUAAAAGAAUAGAGAUUAGAGAGCCGGAAACAAAAGUGCGUUUUACGAAUAAGAACAUAUAUUUCAGAAUUAUACGAAUAACGAGAUUAAUUGAACGACGUUAAAAUGUAAAGUGUGUAGUGUUAAAUAAAAGACGAAGAUAUAAAACAGGUCAGGGUUCGUAGGAUAUAGUAUAUGUAUAGGAAAGAUACGUGAAAGAAAAGAUACUUGGUCGCAUGAGAAUCCAUGGUCUCGCGCGGCGGAAUUUAACAAAUACUGCCUUUUUCGCACGUGAAAAUAUAUUCUAAUGUCUUCUACAUAAUGACAAUUACGUUUAUAUUCGCCACGCGCGAUAAGAAUUCCACAUCUUUCAAUUUGAACUCUAGAUUAUCUCGUAUAUAUAAGUUUAUUUAUACAUCUUCCAAAAAAUA